UUUUGCCCAGCUUUUCCGUCCACCUCAUUUGUUUCACUCUGUUGGAUCGCUCUUACCCAACAUGAAUAAAAAAUAGACACAAAAGGAAUGAAGACGCUGGUUUCUUUUGCUCGUGAGGAGGAGAUUGUUCAGAUGAAAGCCUCUCGUCACGCCGUCAACAAUCUCUCCCGUCGCUCCUGUAUUGAUUUGAAAUAGGGAGGUUUUACAAGACACAACACGCUAAGGGGAGGGUUCCAAGGUGAAGACAUGAGACCAACCCCCCGGCCACGUCCUUGGUCAAGGCGCCCUUCUAUGGGUUAGGGUCAUCUUCUUGAAGGCGAGACAUCUUCCUUUCUCAAAAUCCUGCAUAACACUAAUGCAAGCUAAGCAAAAGAAAUGAUCACUUCUACAAUACAUUGAACAUUUCCCUCCUGUUUGUCAUGUAUUUGCACAAAUUCUCACAUCAUCUUGCGGUCACUUCAUUUCCAUUUGUAACGGUAGAAUCAUUUUGAUCAAACAAAUGCGUUUAAACAUCGUCAUCUCCUCUGGCUCAGGAAACAAAUCAGGUAAAGCCAAAUCGUCAUCGUCAUCGUCAUCGUCAUUAUCUGUCCCAGAAGGAGAGUGGUUCUUCAUCUUGUGGUUGAGGGUCCGUAGACCAUCGACGGCUCUGGUCAAGCUGCCACCUGAAGCAGUAUUGCUUGUUCUCCAAACAUAGCGCAAAGGCCUCCCUCUCUCUCGCGAGGAGCGUGUCGACGGCUACGCGGUUCUGGAACGUCCUUGAGCUGCUCGUGCGCAGCUUCCAACCCACUCAUACAAGUCCAAUUUCCUAAUCUCUGUACAUUUCAGUGGCUAUAGUUUAUCCCUAUCGACAUUUUUAUUCACCGUGCACCGCCAGCAUAUGAAGGACUCAAAUCCUCCCGCAAUUUGUAUUGAUGAGGAACCCCACGAGGAACACCCGUGGCGUCGAUGUACGUUGGAUAAUUUUGCCCCUGCCGGGACAAAUCUCUUUUUUUUUUUUGUCUUAUGUUCUAGAUUGGACAACAACAUUGGUGCCCUUUCCAUGAAAUCUUGAACAGGGUUAGGGUAUACUGACACAUGCAAUAUCAAAGUGAUAAUAGCGCACAAUCCAGAUAGAUCUUUAGCUAAUCUAGCCGACAGUCCAUCAUCUCCGCACCGCCACCAGAUGUCGCUCCGUGACAUAAACUGGCAUAAACUUUGGUCCGACUUUUAAGGUUACUUUACACGGCGUGUCGUUCAGCGGUCCGAAUUUUUUGCCUUCACUAAUCGUGUUUAUACAAGUCAAAUUAUUCGGAGCUACUAAAGUAGAAAACAUCGGUUUGCGUUGAUCUGCUUUUUGUUCCGGGAUAUACAGGAUCCCGUGAUUUACUAUUUCCUGCGACAACGAGCAACCGAUCAUCAGUAGUUAUGUUGUUGACCAUUCAAAUGUGUCCACCUUUCCAUGAAGUUCUCAACGGCAUUUCCGGUUGAACGCGGUUCCCAUAACACAAUGCUACUCGGAAGUGGGGAUCUCGCCAAUGAGGCGUUCCCAUCCAAAAGCCUAGCGUCGCAUAGCGGUCAUAUCCAAAUCCCCAAUUCUGCCAGCGUCAUUGGUGAGAGCCGCAGACGGAAUUAGGAUUGAAGCAGUUGGAUUUUGGGGGGGGGGGCACCAAAUAUUCAACCGGUUUGCCGCGUUUGGAGGCCGUGCCCACGGUUCUGAUCAUCAGCUGUAACUCCUGCUGGUGGGCGAUUUUCUAUCUAAAAAAUGGUUUGUAUCAUUCAGGGUGGGACAUAUAAACAAAAGCGACGCCAUAGUGGCCCAAGUUGCUACGUAGCAACCUAUCGAAUCUCGUAAAAGCGUUCUGCUGAGUUCUGACUAAACGGGUUGGUGUCUUUUCCCUUCCCUGACCAGCAAGCGUUUCCUGCUGGGCAAACAUGUUUACUUUCAGCAGAUACUUGGAAAUCAGUUUGUUUCUCGAACAACUUUCUCAUGUGGUCAGCUCAGUUUGUUCCCAUUUUGGGGUUUCAACAACGGAAGUCUAUAAGGUCUUGCAAACAAUGUUUCGUAAGGUGUUCAACCUGUGGUGCUUGUAAUGUUGAUGUACAUUGUACUUCCUGUCCCUUCCGUCCAUGUUUUCAGUCUUAUUUUUGGAUUGUUCCAAUCACUCUUUCCACGAGAGCUGCACACUCUUGAGGGUGGCGAGCACAACGCUUUUCCAAAUCGAUGUGGAACACGGUUCCUAUUGGAGUGAUUAUUUGAUUUACAAAAUGAGUCCCAUGAUCGCUGUAAACGGUUUCCGGUACGCCCUCUCUCGGGAUGAUGUCUCUCGGAAUCGCCGUCAGAGCAUCGGGUGAUUUUGCCUUUGACACCAUCGCAGUUUAUUUUUGGUUCUUCUGCUGGAUGAUGCAGUAAGGCCAAUGAAUCUUCGCUGCAUCUGGAGAUGCCAGGAGAACAUCAUCCACAUCCUGGGGGAGGGAAUUUAGACAUGCGUGUUGUCAUUCCUUGUGAAUAAAUGCUUGGACCUCCACAGUAACCUUGCGGUAAUCUAGUAAAUGUAUAUUAUUUUUUGCCCUCAAAUGUGAAUGCAAACCAAAAUGGACUGUUCUUUUCUACUGGUACAGAAAAGAAGGCAUGACUCGUGUCCACCGCUGUAAACACACUAGCGUCUGGCCUCAAUGAAUUGAACAAUGCGCGUGGAUCCGCUACGCACGCUGCCCUCUGUACUACCGCAGAAUUGACUGCCUGGAAGUCUUGUACCGUUCUCCAACCCACUUUUUUUUUUACGGGGACAAUGGAUGUGUUCCAUGGGGAUUCUGGACAAGCCCUGCCUUAAUCGGUGCUUCAAUUGCCGGUCGGAUUCCUUCACGUGCAUCUGGUUUGAAUGCAUAUUGACGAAUCCCUGGUCUGUAUUCGGUUUUGGUCAGGCCCCUUUAAUAAGGCCCACAUCCGAAUUCAUUUGUGCCCCUCCUGAUCGUAUAACUCGUUGAGGUUCUUCUGACUCAUGAGUUGGAGGAAGCUCACGAGGUGGCAAAAACGGGUACAAGGGUGCCGAUGCCUUUGUUCCCUCCUUCUUUGCCGCAGUUUAGCAACAAUUUAGCCGCUAAUGACCCUUAGCUGUAUUGCUAAUGUUAGCUAGCGUACUGUAGACUUUCUGGAUGGCCCUCGGCCGCAUUUCUCGGUCAUCUUAAUACGACCUGAGAAUUACCUUAGCGAAUAAAACGAAGCGCUCGGGACCGGGGCGGCUUCGAUACAGAAUUAGCAUAACAGGGAAGCACAAAUCCUGGACAACUUGUCGGUUUUCCUGCAAGAGCUUGAUUAUGUACAAAUGCUCCUUUUAAAGCUAGCCGGUCUUUCGUACGAUGUGUUGUCAAACAGAAAAUAAUUACAGACCAAGACAAUUUUCCUCUCUAUAAUCUUGACGGGUUUAUUUCAAUAUGAAGUUUGUAUUCAUAGCCGACGCUUCCCCCGCUCAAAAAGUCAGGCAGCGCACACGCAAAUAUCGACUUCCUCUGCAAGUAAUAACGUUCCUUUUUGGAUAUCUCCGAAAGUCGUCUUUUUGCUUGGAUUUGCUCGUCUUGUCUUUUGUUGGCCAUUUCCCAUUUUUGGGCGCGCCUCCCCCCCGCCCGCCUGCCUGCCUUUGGAGUUGACCAAAGGGCGGGCGGGCACGCGCGCGCGCGCGCGCGCAGGUGGUGUCAUGACGACGAGAGGGCGGAAGCCAGCUCGAGCCUCGCCGACUGACGACCACUUCACGGACCCUCGGAUGUGCCCGUCACCCAACUGGAUGAAAAAUGGCAACGCCAAUCAACAGGAAACGAUGCCUGUUCUUCAUGGCCUCCUUGGUCAUCGUCUUCGUCUUCUGGGCGAGGGCGAAGGAGAGAGGCGGCGCGCUCUCGGGGCCGACGGCCGCGUGUCUCCCGCGAGUAAGCCAGGAGACCAUCACCCGUCUGAACGGCAGCGAGCACCUGCUGGUGUCGGCCUUCGCGGACCGGAGGGUGUUCGGGAAGGACGUCCGCAUCAUCGGCAUCUUCAAGCGGGACUCGCCGCAGCGGCUGCUUUGCGUCUUCUGCUGCCAAAGCUCCCGGUACGGGAGGAGCCCGGCGACGGUCCUUCAGCAUACCGACAACUUCGGCUUCCCCUACGUCACCACCGACGUCCUGUGUCGGACGCCGCCGGGCUGCCGAGGGUCGCACGUGGCCCUGGUGCCGUCCGAAAGUCGCGCCGAGGCGGAGAACCUGACGUGGCUCCCCGUAAGGAACCGGGAGGAGGCGGGACGGAAAGAGAGCCGGCUGCCGUUCAACUUGACGGUUUGCAUCUCCAACCUGUUCGGAAAGCUCAACAAUGUCCUCCAGGCGGCGCAGACUCUGGAGAUGUACAGGUUGCUGGGCGUGGACAAGGUGGUGAUCUACAACACCAGCAGCGGCCCGGAGCUCGAGCGCCUGUUGCGCGGUUACGCCCGGGAAGGCUUCCUGGAGAUCGUCCCUUGGCCCAUCCACAGGCAUCUGACGCCCUCCGCCGGCUGGCGCUUCUCCGAGAGCGGCGGCGACCUGCACUACUUUGGUCAGCUGACCACGCUGAACGAGUGCAUCUACAGGUCCAUGGAGCGCUCGCGCUACGUCCUGCUCAACGACCUGGACGAGAUCGUCGUGCCCUACCGCCACGACGAUCUGCCGUCUCUGAUGAGCGAGCUCCGACGACGCCAUCCCGACACCGGCGAGUUCCGCGUCGAAAACCACAUCUUCCCCAAGACGUGGGCGGAGCCCAGCGAGAGGUUCCGUCUGCCCCAGUGGGAAGGCGUGCCCGGAUUGAAUAUCCUGCAGCACAUCUACAGGGAGGAGCCGAACCCCGCCGUUUAUCACCCGUACAAGAUGAUCGUUCGCCCGAGGUUGGUGGAGCAGACGUCUGUGCACGAAGUGCUGCGGCAAUUCGGGAAGAGCUACAAAGUUCCGCGGGAAGUGUGCCGGAUCGUUCACGUGCGCACGCCCCUGCAGGGCUCGCUGACGCUGGAGCAGCUCCACGUGGACACCAGACUCUGGGACUUCCAUCAAAAACUCAUCCCCAACGUCGACCGAGUUUUAAAGCGAGCGGGACUGCUUCCCACGUAACGUGGGAGUAAAUAUCGUUUGUCAUCUCCCGAAGUGUGAUACACAAAAAAAAAACCAAAAAAAACAAGUGAAAUACCGAGAGCGCCCAAAAAAUGAAAGCGCAACGUAGCGUGGGUUGACGCGGCGCACGUGAACGGCAGAAAUCUCCAGCCAGAGACCGCGGAACUUGAAAUGUCUUUUUUCGACACAAGAUGUCACCACAGAGCCACCAAAGAUGACAAUAUUCCACGAAAUGAGCCUUACUUGCAAAUGAUAUACAUGCGCUGAGCGUUGCCCAAAGACACCAGGCAGAAAGACAAAACACAUUUGAGCACGCUUGGCUUCCGCCCAUGACGUCAUCGGCCAAUAGGAACGCUCGUUAUUGCGGCGGUCCGCCGAUUGUUUCAUCAAGUGGCACAGUUGAGAAAUGGAGAAAAGUCCUUUUCUUCAUUUUGAACGAAUGCAGCAACUGCGGAAGUGAUUUGAAAAGCAAAUAUUGUUGGAAUGGAAAUUUGCGCACGCAAACUGUGCACUGAAACAGUUGUGACGGACACACAACGCAACGCAACGACCGCACGUCAGGCGCCAAAUCAGAAUUCGACGCAUUCGCGAUGAGAUCGGUCCAGAUUCCGCUCGCCGUUUCGUUUCAUCGCGCCGAAAGGUCUUUUUUGUAAUCGGGUAUCUUACACACACACACACACGCGUGCUAAAAUCUCACCAAAAGAAUACUUCAAUAGCAUAACAAUAAUCAAUUGACAAAUGAAUCGACAACUAGUUUGAUAACGGAUGAAUCGUUCGGAGAGCUCGUGCAGCUGGAAAUUGUUCGUCCCCAUUUUCGGAUUUCUGUCGUCCUCCGCCUUUGCGGUUGGAUUCUCGUUGAUUUGGGUCAAAAUAAAACAUUUGCAAACUUC